AUGUCUCCUCAAAAGGAACAAUGCCCUCGUGGGUACCAACUUGUCCCGUCCGCUUCACAGCAAGAGACUACGCUUCACCUACGGAGUACCACCAAGAGUAAGACGCCGUUCGACUUCUCUUUCGAGGCCAUCCGCCAAAACCUCUUCCGAGUGACUUUCACCUCGUCCGACCAUGCCCUACCUCCCUACCCCAGCGUGACCAAACCCGAGGUCAACCUCCAUGAUGUGAACAUCACUUCAAAGAGCAGUGAAACCUCAAAGAUGAUGGAGAUUGGCGGGGUCACAGCGACGGUGGAGUGGGACCAGACACCGGUCGUCUCUCUCGCCUGGACAGGAUCGGACCAGCCUCUCCAUUGUGAUCUACCUCUUCGCUCAUACGUCGCAGACGGCACUGGUGUGGCAUACUACUCAGUCCACGACCGUGAGGCGCUCCACGUAGGGCUCGGAGAGAAGGCUGCGCCGAUGGACCUCACGGGCCGUUCGUUCCAGCUCUCAGCCACCGACUGCUUCGGAUAUGAUGCCUACAAGUCCGAUCCGCUUUACAAGCAUAUCCCCCUGCUGAUCAAGGCGACACCGCAAGGGUGUAUAGCACUGUUCUCGACCACGCAUGGACGAGGCUCGUGGUCUGUUGGGUCGGAGAUUGAUGGUCUGUGGGGACACUUCAAGAUCUAUCGCCAGGACUAUGGUGGACUAGAGCAGUACAUGAUUGUGGGGAGAACACUCAAAGAUGUGGUUCGAUCAUACGCCCAGUUGGUUGGGUUCCCCUUGCUUGUUCCUCGCUGGGCUUACGGGUAUGUCUCUGGCGGCUACAAGUAUAGUGCUUUGGAUGAACCGCGUGCCAGCCAAGCUCUGUUGGAAUUCGCAGAGCGGCUGGAGAGAGAGGGCAUCCCGUGCUCCGGGCAUCAGAUGAGCUCCGGAUACUCAAUUUCGGAAGAAUCCAAAGUCCGGACAGUCUUCAGCUGGAACUACCACCGUUUCCCCCACCCCAAAGAAUGGGUCGACAAGAUGCACGAGCAGGGGAUCCGUCUCAUCACCAACAUCAAACCCUUCACCCUGGCUUCCCACCCAGACUUCCAGCGCUUGAUCGAUAGCCGUGGCUUCUUCCAGGACCCGGAUACCAAAGAGCCGGGCUAUAUGCGUCUCUGGAGCGCGGGAGGAGCCACCGGCGGCGAUGGAUGCCACGUCGACUUUACUUCGGAGGAAGCAUUCAAGUGGUGGUUCGAUGGAUGCAAGAGCCUGAAGGCGGUGGGCAUCGAUGGGAUGUGGAAUGAUAACAACGAGUACACCCUGCCAAACGAUGACUGGACACUAGCCCUGGAUGAUUCCAUGGUAUCUGCAACCGCGAAGACCAGCGUCCCCAAUACCGUCGGGCAAUGGGGCCGGGCCCUGCACACUGAACUGAUGGGCAAGUCCUCGCACGAUGCCAUGCUCGCCCUAGAACCGAAGUAUCGACCAUUCAUCCUCACCCGCAGCGCCACCCCCGGCACCAUGCGGUACGCCUGCAGCACCUGGAGUGGCGACAACGUCACCAGCUGGGAGGAUAUGAAGGGAUCGAACGCGCUCUCCCUGAACUCCGGGAUGUCUCUCCUGCAAUACGAAGGUCACGACAUCGGCGGGUUCGAAGGGCCCCAGCCGUCCCCCGAACUACUCCUCCGCUGGAUCCAACUAGGGUGCCACUCGAUCCGGUUUACGAUCAACUGCUUCAAGACAUCCCCCGACAACAGCGACACUGGGGAUGUGAUCGAAGUAUGGCAAUACCCCGAGAUCACGCCUCUCGUGCGCGCCGCUAUCAAGCGCCGCUACGAGAUCCUGCCAUACAUCUACUCCCUCGGCCUCGCCAGCCAUCAAACGGCGACGCCGGCCCAGCGCUGGGUCGGCUGGGGUUACGAGACGGACCCGGAGGUGUGGAGCAAGAAGCUCAAGGCGGGUGAUGAGCAGUUCUGGUUUGGCGACAGCAUUCUCGUUGGUGGCGUCUACGAGCCUGGCGUGGACGAGGCGCGGAUGUAUCUGCCGCGCAAGGCUGGCGAGGUGUUUGACUACGGCUACGUGAAUAUCAACGCCCCGUACAACUACCUCGCGGCGGGCCAGUGGGCGGUGAUUCCGGCCGCGUGGUGCGAUAGUAUCCCUCUCGUUGCAAAGAUCGGCGGUGCGAUCCCCGUGGGCAAGAGCGUGCACACCCGGGAGCUUGACGAUUACCGGGGGGUAGAGAUCUUUCCUCCGAAAGGUACGUCGCAUGGCAAUGUGUUUGAGAAUACUUGGUAUGAGGACGAUGGUAUCUCCUUGCAUCCCGGGAUCUCGAGCUAUACUAUCAGCUAUAGUUCCACAAUGGAGAAGGUGCUGGUGGACUUCCAGCGGGAUGAGAGCAGCGGCUUCGUUCCUGCUUGGAAGGAUCUCGAUAUCAUUCUGCAUCAUGGGGAUCAGCGCCGUGUGGUGAGCAGCUCUGGUCAGGAAGUUAUUGUGAAAGGGCCCGAUGAGCGAGGCCGAAUGGUGUUCACCAUCAAGGCGUAG